AUGACUAGGCCUAAUAACUGCGCAAACGAGCUAUAUAGUGGUCAUGUCCACCUUAGAUUUUGGUCUCUCUGGGCCUCGCCAGAGGGCUUUGCAGGAUAUGAUCAAGAAGGGAAUGUCUUGAGCAAAGACGGCGUCUUGAAAAGUAUUAGGAAAGUUAUUAGAGAAACUGCAGGCAAAAAGACGAACAUCUACGUGGUGAAACAUUCUCUUAGAGGAGCUGUGUUGAGGUAUAGU